AUUUUGUAUGGACAAUAAAAUAUGCAAUUCUGUAAAAUUAAUGACCAUCGGCUGCUUGUGUAUGUACGUCAAAGUAUAAGUUCAGUGCCGCGAAAUACGAGAAAAGAAGGUGAAGUGUAAGUGAGCGUGUGGGAGUGCCGUGAGAAGAAGGUGGAGGUUGUCUUUCAAGACCCGUGGACGCCGCGGGCCCGAAGACCGAAACGAAGAAUCACUUACGAACUCUAAUACAUAGAAAAGUCAACCGACCACUGCAUUUUUUCAUUGGCGCGCGGUGGCGCGGUGGCAACUAUACGAGAACGGCUCUAGAUUUACGGAACCUGGUUUACAGCGCACAGGCCCCCUCUGCCGCCUGCUCCAAUUCUUCAGGCACUCUCGCCUCACCUCCUGAACACUGUGUGUUCCUAAGCCUGACAAAACAACACUUGGGAACACAUUGUGCAUUUGCUACAUUUUAUGUCAGAUGAUAAGAAGUGCAUGGUGUUAACCACCUUGCAAUUAUUGUUUUAUGUAUCCUGAUUACCCACAGCUUUUGAACAGUAUUGUGAGCUCAAAUACAAUUUGUAUCUUAGAGUCUAUUCAGGCAGAUAUGAUUCCCAAUUUUGAAACUCAUAGCCAAGAUACUGGAGUGUGACGGGUACGUUUACUUAAAACCAUUCAAAAUAUUUCCUGCCGACCAAUUUGUUGUAGUGGAAAGAAGUGGUGCAGACAAUGCGUUGACAGAGACGGAGGGGCCCACGAGCAGCGCGUCCAGCCAGCCCACCCCCUCCGUUACCCCCCUGUCAAACAUGUGCACCACUCCUGGCAACGUGGGCACAGGAUUUGGGUAUGCCUGGUCCUUUGGAGGACCUGGAGCAGAAACCCGAGAAAAUGCACAGGGUGAACUCACAACAAAUAUUAGUUACGCUGUGAAUAAUAAUCAGGACCAAGGAUCCAGUCAGAAGAUUCAAGUUGACAUUAAACCCACAAAAGUUGCCAAUAGUACACAUCGUAGACCGAUGUUCACUAUGAAUGAAACUUGUCAACAGACCCCAACAACCCAUCAUACAGCUGGAGCUCAUAAUCAAACACAUGCCACGCAUGUUCGUACUAAGAAGCAUCAUGAUGUAUUUUCAUUAACAUGUGACAAGGGAGGUUGCAAUUGUGAUGCCGCACAUCCAACACCCCCACCCUCACUUUUUUCAAACACUUUAGUUUUUACUACAGCCGAUAAACACGCCAUGAGUAAGCAUUUCAUGACACCCCUUGGACCACUACAACUCACGGCAGAAGAGUGCAAUGAAAUUUUAAUGAAAAGAGCAGCAGCUGCUUCAAAUCAGGCCAAUGUAAACAAUGUGGCCACAAGCCAAACAGAUAGCACUGCUCACUUUGGCCAUGUUUUAACACAUGUUAAUACCACACAAAUUGAAACAAAGGUCAAACAACAGCAAGAUAUGGGAAGUCAAGUCCGUGUACCAAAAGAAAGACCAUAUUCUUGUUCAGAAUGUGGGAAGUCAUUUCUCCUCAAACAUCACCUUACAACACAUGCAAGAGUGCAUACAGGAGAAAGACCUCAUGUUUGCGUUCACUGUGGCAAAAGUUUUGCACACAAACAUUGUCUUCAUACUCACCUGCUACUCCAUAGUGCGGAUAGACCAUACCAAUGCCGUGAAUGUAAAAAGUCUUUUACAUUAAAACACCACCUUGUAACGCACACACGUGUACACACAAGAGAACGACCGUUUAUUUGUCAAGAGUGUGGAAGAGCAUUUCCUCUAAAGCGUCAUUUAGUAACGCAUAGUAAAUUCCAUUCAGGAGAGAGACCUUUUGUUUGCGAAGAAUGUGGAGAAUCGUUUUCUCAAAAGGAUCACCUUACAAUGCAUUCGCGCUUCCAUGGAAGUUUACAUCCAUUUGUUUGUCACGAUUGUGGAGCAACCUUCCAGAGAAAGUUUGAGUUAGUGAAUCAUGGCCGUCUGCAUGGUAGAGUUCCGCAUUCGUGUACUGUUUGUGGAAAAGAAUUUCUACAAAAGAGAACACUAUUGGCACAUAUGCGUUUACAUACAGGAGAAACUCCAUUUGCUUGUACAGUUUGUGGAGAAGCAUUUCCUAGGAAAACAGACCUGGUUACCCACUCUAAAAUCCAUAACAAUAACACGAACACAGAUGAAAAAUCUCUUAUGUGCAGGGAAUGUGGGUUGGACUUUUCGAAUCGGGAAGCUCUUACUUUGCACUUAAGGUUACAUUCUGGUGAUCGUACACUUGUUACGGAUCUCUGUGGACUAGCAGCUGCCUUCCAACAAACUCCUGGACACUUCCUCACACCCAAUACCCCCGGAACUCAUCAGAUGAAUGGACCCAUUGGAAACCCCGGUGUCAGCCAUAUGCAUGGUGCGACGCAAACAUCACCACCUGUAGGAACAGGUCCGAAACCAAAACCACAUAUUUGUCCCGAUUGUGGUCGUGGUUUCGCGCAAAAACAUGGAUUGUCCCAACACCAACGGCGCCACACCGAUGGAAGCUGCCAUAUAAGAUCGCACGUGUGUGACAAGUGUGGCAAAGCUUUCUAUCAGAAGAAUCACUUGUUACUGCACCAACGCCAGCACAUGGAUCCACCGCCGAGUAUACUUCGACAACAACAGAGGCAAGCUGCACAAGCUGCUGCUCAACAGGCACAACAACAGCAACAGCAGCAGCAGCAGCAACAGCAGCAGCAGGCCCAACAACAACAACAGGUGCAACAGCAACAAGUGCAACAACAGGUACAACAACAAGUGCAACAGCAACAAGUGCAACAGCAACAGGUGCAACAACAACCUCAACAACAACAACAACAAACCACGUGCACUGUAGAUACAAAAACGAUACAGCUUCAAGCGAUACAACAAGUGCAACAACAAGUUCAACAACAGGUACAACAGCAGGUACAACAACAACAGCAACAACAACAACAACAACAAGCGUGCUCUGUGGACACUAAAGCAAUACAGUUAAAUGUCACUAUGUGAGACGAUAUAGAAAGUGGGGACUGGUCGGUCCCUGGAACAAUAGCACUCCCAAAU